AUGUCCACAAAACUAGCAAUUGUUCUGGUUCUAUGUGCUCUCUUCAGUGUCAUUUCUGGCUCACCCGCGCCACGCAUUCCAGAGAAAGUCAUUGCAUAUCUCAAGGAGCCCAGAAUACUCCAGAAGGGAACCCAAGUUGCACGAACCGUGGUCAAUGGCUUGAAGCCGGGUCUCACGGCCACUGAAGACCUGAUUAAGGAAGGGAAUGCAGAAAAAAAAUUGCUCUUGGUUAACAACGUGGCCAAAAUGAAUGCCUUAAAAAACCCCGUAAAAGUUGAACAGGGUCUAAAGGAAAUGGCAGGACCGAGGACUACAAGACCGGCUUUGGAUCAAAUCCCUCACAUGGGUCGAUCCUGA